AUGUCGUCAUCCGAAGAUGAUGUUGCACUUGAAUGUGCUAAUAAGGUGCAGGUGCUAGAGUUCAUAGCAAAUCAAAUCAGCAAACAUCCAGAGAUCCUUAGUAAGUCACAGACGCCCGCAUUGAAAAAAAAGAAAGAAGACGCGAUAAAACAAAUUCUACAAUUAUAUCAAAAUGUAAUGGGGCAACUAAUCACCUCGGGACAAUUAAUGAAAAAAAUUAACAACAUGAAGGCCCGUUUAAAAAAGAAAACGGAUGUAAAGAAAACGGGUAAUAAACCUAUCAAACUUCUUCCAUGGGAAAAAGUUUUAUACGAGGCCAUGGAUGGAGAUUCAAAUCCAACCGUUGCGAAAAUAGCAGGAGCCAAAUCAUACGGCACGUCAUUGGACGUAUUAUCUCCAAUUACAUCGUUUGGAGACACAGUCACUGCGUCCUGUUCCAGUGCAACUAACAUGGCAUUAAGCAACACUGACGUGGAUCAAUGUGAAAAAACAUCUACGGCUGCUACCCCUUUGCCACUGCCUCCACGUCAAAAGCGAUCAUCAACUGCACUGCCAGGCGAAACAGAGGAAACUCAAAAGUUGUCCAACCUAGAGCUGCAACGGUUAGUUUUGCUAGAGCAAAUACAGACCACCAGAGUCCAAAGAAACUAUUAUGAAAAUAAAAUAAAAAAGGAUGCCGUGCAAAUAGUAUACAACGAUGGAAAGACAUACAAGUGGCCGAACACCGUGUUUAAGAAAACCGAACUGGUGAACGGGAACCCCCUAAGGAUACGGCCCGACGAAGACUCCGCAUGGCUAAUCAACCUGAAGGAAACGGAGAAAGGGAUCGUAAAAAUACUCUUAGACAACAACCCAAAGAUAAAAGAGAUAGUCUCUAAACAAAAACCAAACCCGGGACACAUCACCUACGUCCUAGAACAAAAUAUUAUCCAAGAAGAAGGGGAAGGCAGGAAAACGGAGGGAAAAUACCACUUCUUGGUGAGCACAGGGGAACCGGAGUAG